GUCACACCACACACACACAUGCGCUGCGCUGCUCUAGGGCAAGCAGCUUGGAUUGGAACAACAUAAGUUUUAUUCUAACUGGCUUUUACUCUUUUAAAGUUACUGAGUAUCUACUUGUCGUAUACGGCAUUACAAUUUUUUUAUACGGUUUCCUCACUCAUCAUUGAAUUCUGUUUCGUUUGCUGUUUUACACAGAAUUUUCAUCACGGCGUUGCCUAAACACCCUGUGGAGAGAGCGCCCCCUGUCAUGCCAAGAUGGACCUUUCUGGGAUGCGUGACACGGGGAGUGAGCUGACACACUACGAGGGUACGGAGAAACUUCUUGAAAUUUGGUUUGAGCCCUCGGGCAAGAGUGACAUCCCCGAUAAGGUUACCCACGACCUGAAAGCCAUUCCCAGGGAACGCCUCGUUGAACUGCUUGGUUUGGUUCAUUGUGAGAUAGUGAGUGAGAAGUGUCGAGAUGAUCUCCACGCUUACGUCCUCAGUGAGAGUAGCAUGUUUCUGUCAACAAAGCGCUUUAUUCUCAAGACGUGUGGGACGACCACUCUCCUGAAUGCCAUAGAGCCCAUCAUGAAACUAGCCAAGGAGUUCUGUGACUUUGUUGUUAAGGAUUUGUUUUACUCCCGAAAGAAUUUCUUCCGCCCUGAGCUCCAGCAGGUUCCUCAUCAGAGCUUUGCCAGUGAGGUCCAAUACCUGGAUACUCUGUUUGACAAUGGAGCAGCCUACAUGUUGGGACGAAUCAACGGAGAUUGCUGGUAUCUGUACACACUGGAUAACACCAACCAGAACCAACCUGAUCAAACGCUUGAAAUCUUGAUGACCAACCUUGACCCCAAGGUCAUGAAGCACUUUGAAAACACCACCGGCCGUAAUGGCAAAGAUGUCACUAAGGAGUCUGGAAUAGCAGAUCUGUUACCGGAUUGUCAGAUUGAUGAAUUUCUUUUUGAACCAUGCGGCUAUUCCAUGAAUGGUUUGUUGCCCAAGGAUGGAUAUGUGACCAUUCACAUUACUCCAGAAGAAAAAUAUUCCUACGUCAGCUUUGAAACUAACAUUGAAAUGAAGGACUACAGCGAGUUUGUGAAGAAAGUUCUGACGGUGUUCAAUCCAGGGAAAGUUGUCAUGACCCUGUUUGCAAGCAAGACAGCCAAAUGCGGUACCAGCCGAAAGGCACUGCGUGAAGUCUUCAUGGAUACCUACCGACGUCACGAUCGCCAGUUCUCCGAGUUUCAAUGUUAUGAUCUAACGUUUGCCACCUACAUCCGUGAUGACAUUGUCUAAACUACAACCCGGAACCAAUUUCUUAAAGCUGUUAAGCAGAAAAUACUGCUAAGCAAAAUAGGAGUAGGCCACCAGUUGUAACAAUGUUUAUAGAAUUUUAGAUGGUACCCACAGUUUCUUCUUAGCAAGAUUUUUCAGGGCUUAGCGGAUUUGUGUGCUUACAGGCAAAACGAAAUUGAGCUCAAGUGAUUUCAGUGGCCAUUUUCUGGUUUUUUUAUGGAGAGGUAAAGGUAUUUCGAUAUUAAGACUUUGAUAUUAUUUGCUGCACUCCUCUAGUGUAAAUUAGUGCAUUAGUUCAAUGUUAAUGCAUUGACCAGUUAAGUUAACCUAGCAUUAACUUUAUUUUUGUUUAUUCCUUUUGGGUUUUGGGUGGAGGGGGGUUUUGGUAAGUGCUGUAAAAUUUAUUAUAAAUAGUACCCGCUAUAUCAAAUCACUAAUAUCUGGUCAACAUUUGACAGAAAAUUUCAGUGCUUAGGUAAGUUUUGUCUUGCCACUAGCUUCAUGUGAGUUUGUGCUACAACAAAAGAAAUUUGUUUCUAAUUGUUGACAUGUUGCCUUUGGAUUAAGCGCUUAGGGCUAUAAAAGUGUUUGUUAUGAAAUGAAUGUCGGGAAAUUUAGCCGUUUCAAACUACUCGCCAACCAAAUGCAUCUGUGGUAUGAAGGAAAACGAGUUAGUUAGUGGGCGAACAUUUCAACCUUGGCGUUUCUGGUCAGCACAGUAUUUAAAGACUCGGUCUUGACACUUGUGUCCUUAAGCAAGACACUUUACCAUUUUUAGUUCAUCCUUUGGAUGGGACAAAAAGUCGUAGGCUUCGCAUGUUAAAUAUCCUCAGUACACUGUUAUCGUAGUGCAGAGGAGUUAAUAGUGAGACGUGUAGAGACUUAAGCCCAGUUGAUACUUCCUGCGAAUGCGAAUGCAAUGUGAAAUUGACGUCACAAAUCCUCAUUCGCUGCGAUAUUCACAAGAGAGUUGAGCACAACUCAACUCAGUGCGAAAUUUCGUAACGUCAACAUUUGUAUCACAUUCGCAUUUGCAGAAAGUAUUAUCCGGGCUUUCAGCUGUUUUCCCAGUAGAUAGCAAUCUAUAAGUCUCUGCAGUUCAGGCCUGAUACUUCAUAGAGCAACGAAGGCGAUUGCUUCGAUGCCCCCUGGUCAUUGCCUUGGUGCCCUUGAA